CACCACAAGGACCCAGCAGUCAGUCCUUGAGCACAACUGUUGCGGCAGCAGCGGCGGUGGCAGCAGUGGUGCUGACAUUGGGACAGCGGUGUCAGGACAGUGGUGGCAGCAAGAGCUGGGGACUGGCAGAGGGCAAGGCACCAUGGCCCUUGCUCUGCGCCUCUUCCUCCCGCUCCUCCUGGCCGUGGCCCUGCCUGCCAGGGCUGCCCAGGCUGCUCCGCUGCAAGCGCGGGGAGCAGCUUGGGAUGGCGACAUGGCUUAUCGGGAUGCCCUACUGGAUGACAGCUUGGAGAAUUCUCUUGGAGAGAUUCUCUUGGAGAAUGCUGGAGGUCCUUCUCCAUGGAAGAACUCAGACACUGGGGACAAGAAAUCCCUGGAGGCAGCCAGACACCUGGACCAGAUGCUGAGUGAUCUGGAGAGACGCCGUGAGAUGAACCGAAAGGCUGUGCUGAAGGCAGCAUUUCCUGGAGGAAGCAGUGGCCCAUUGGCAGCCUCUGCUGCAGGAAGUGAGGCGAUGCCAGGCACAGUCACAGCAGCUUGGGAUGGCGACAUGGCUUAUCGGGAUGCCCUACUGGAUGACAGCUUGGAGAAUUCUCUUGGAGAGAUUCUCUUGGAGAAUGCUGGAGGUCCUUCUCCAUGGAAGAACUCAGACACAGGAGACAAGAAAUCCCUGGAGGCAGCCAGACACCUGGACCAGAUGCUGAGUGAUCUGGAGAGACGCCGUGAGAUGGACCAAAGGGCUUUGCUGAAGGCAGCACUUCCUGAAGGAAGCCGUGGCUCCGUGCCAGCCCCCGAUACACGAAGGGAGGAGACGCCAGACAGUGCCACAGAAGACGUUAUCACUGAAACAGGAAUAUUUGCCCCGGAUCCAGUGCGCCUCCCAAGAAUUGUCUGCCCCCAGGAUGUGCGCAGGUCCUGCAUGAUAGGCACGGUGGUGACACUGUUCACUGUGCCCCUCGUGCUGAUCGGCUGCUAUCUCGGCAUUUGGAAGCUGUACCAGAGCAGACAUGCUUUUUCCAGUUAUUUGAUAUAGUGAAUGAUGGCUGGA